CAAAGUGGAAGCUUAGUAUUUUGUGCUGUCAAAACGAAACUUGAAGGUUAAAGGAAAAUAUGGGUUCUUCAAAAGAUGAUGAAGAUUAUUGGAACAGUAGUGAACAACAUUCCUUUUGCUUUGAGAAUAAUGAGGAGGACAAUUUUUUCGGUUUUUCAAAGACAGGAACAGCACGUUUACGUGCUGGAAUUUCCAACAUUGACUUAUCCGAUGAUUAUUUAAAGACUAGUGACUCCCAAACAAAUUUGAAACCAUUACUAUCAGUAAUCUCUGAGAAAACUCUUGCCAACAUACUAGAAGCAGAUAAAAUGCAAAAUUUGCCUGAAGGACAGUCUGUGACACAGCCUGAUAUUACCUUAAGGAGAAUACUACUUGGACAGCCAUUCUCUCUAGAGAAAUACAAAUCUCUUGCUAGCAAAACUGCAUUACUAGAUGCAGCAAUAGAAUCUGGUGAUGGAAAUGCCAUUUUAGUAAUAGUUCUGUUCCUCACAAAAACUUUAAAAAGGUCAUUAUUUGAAAGGCUUCUAAUGGAUAGACCAGGUGCUACACAGGUGUAUAUACGUUAUCUUUCGACUCGCUUACAAACAAGUGAACUCACUGAUCUUCUAACAAUGCUGGGGCGCUCCAUGGAUGCUGCGAUGAGAACGUUACAAAUUAUUAUUAAAAAUACUCCUAAUCCAGAGAGGCUUCUGCAAAAAUUGCAUAAUUGUUAUAAAACGCAAUUUCUUGCACUAGCAGAUUGUAAAGAAACCCCAUUCAUCCAAAAUUACAUAAAACUUUUGGAAUGGCAAAAGGCUGUAAAGGACACAGGAUUUACCGAGGCCUUAGAAAUGAAUUCUCCUGUGAUGGAGUGCUUACGACAUGCAUGUAGAGAUCAUUGGGGUGCCUCCGAAAGCUCUUUGUGGUCACCAGCAAUGUUAUUAAAACAACAUACAGUCUCUUUAAGACAAUAUCAAAAAGUAGCGUUAACAACAAGAGCUGCAUUACAAUCCUGGGAUGAUAUUGACAUUUUGCUAUUGACAAAGGGUUGGCUUGGGAGCAAAAAGCUACAAACGUAUUUGCCAAUUGAAGAUAUCAUAAAAAUUUUACACAAUAAUAAUGCACCAACUAACAUUUUGGAAAAAUAUCUUGGAUAUGUGGAUGAUGUUAGACAACGUUUAGAAUUGGCUAAGAGAUUCCAAUGUCAUCGAAUAGUAGUAGACAUAUUAGUAUUGCAAGGAGACCGCGCUGCACUUCUGGAAUAUAAAACGAUGCUUCAUCCACAGUCGGAACAUUGUUUUUAUGCUGAGAAUGCUUUACGCGCUUCUACCACCAAAUGGAAAAGCUAAUAAUAAUAGUACCAUCAAUAAAUGUAUAAUAAAACUGGAA